CCCGCCCAUAUGAUGAUUUAGAAUUUUGUUGUAAAUUGUGAAGGGCAUCUUUCUCUUCUCUUAUUAUAACAAUGUCUGGUUAUCCCCAGCAGCAAUAUGGCGGUUAUCAACAGCCUCCACCAGCCGGAGGGGCCUAUCAACAGCCUCCUCCAGGCGGCUACCAGCAGUAUGGCCACCAGCAACCUCCUGGCUAUGGAGGAUACCCUCAAGGAGGCCAUCCUGGUUAUGGUGCUCCUCCAGCUCCUAGCGGUCCACCAGGUUGUCCCCCUGGUGUUGACCCUACCCUCUACAGCUGGUUUGUUACCGUGGACGCUGAUCACAGCGGGCAGAUAACAGCAGCUGAGCUCCAGCAAGCUUUAACAAACAGCAACUGGUCACAUUUCAAUGCCGAGACUUGUAGACUGAUGAUUGGUAUAUUUGAUCAUGAUAACAGUGGCACUAUUGGCCUCCACGAGUUUGCUCAGUUAUGGGCAUACAUCAACCAAUGGAAGGAAGUGUUUAACAGAUAUGACAAAGACAGAUCUGGCAACAUUGAUGCUGGAGAAUUAUACACAGCUUACAAUGAAAUGGGCUUCCGUGUCUCUAUGGCAUUCUGCCAAUUAAUAGUGGUAAAAUUUGACCGUGCCGAAAAGAAAUCUCUCAAAUUUGACGAUUUCAUCCAGUCCUGUGUGAUGCUAAGAUCGCUCACUGAUGCGUUCAGAGUUCGUGAUACCAACCUUGAUGGAACCAUUCAAGUGGCUUACGAAGACUUCAUGACAAUGGCAAUCAGCAAUAAACCUUGAUUGGUUGAUCCACCAAACACCCAAUGGACUAUAUUUUAAUAUAGCAUUUAUAGUGAUAAUAACUAUUAUUAUUAUUAUUAUCAAUUAUCCCUUCUUUGUUAGUGUUUGAAUUUCGAACUGUUUUUUUGCGAGUGGGUCAGUAUUAAUUUUGUUAAUGAGUCACAUGUAUCAAUGGUGAAAUACCGUA